AUGGAGGAAAAUCAGACAGUGGUCACUGAGUUCAUCCUUCUGGGAUUCUGUCUUGGUCCACGGAUUCAACUAGUUCUUUUUCUACUUUUCUCUCUCUUCUAUACUUUGACCCUAUUGGGGAAUGGAACCAUCCUUGGAAUAAUCUUUUUGGACUCCAGACUCCACACUCCCAUGUACUUCUUCCUUUCCCACCUAGCCAUUGUCGAUAUGGCCUAUGCCUGCAACACAGUGCCCCAGACACUGGUGAACCUCGUGGAUGACACCAAACCUAUAUCUUUUGCUGGAUGCAUGACACAGACUUUUUUCUUCUUGGCUUUUGCACUCACAGAAUGUCUCCUCCUUGUGGUGAUGUCCUAUGAUCGAUAUGUUGCCAUCUGCCACCCCCUACUCUACACUGUCAUCAUGAACUGGAGAGUAUGUACCAUCCUGGCUUCUGCUUCCUGGAUACUUAGCUUCCUCCUGGCUCUGGUCCAUUUAGUGCUCAUCCUACGGCUACCUUUCUGUGGGCCUCAUAAAGUCAAUCACUUCUUCUGUGAAAUCCUGUCCGUCCUCAAGCUGGCCUGCGCCGACACAACACUCAAUCUAGUUGUCAUCUUUGCAGCUUGUGUGUUCAUAUUAGUGGGGCCGCUCUGCUUUGUGCUAGUCUCCUACACACGCAUCCUGGCAGCCAUCCUGAGGAUCCAGUCAGGGGAGGGCCGCAGAAAGGCCUUCUCCACCUGCUCCUCCCACCUCUGUGUGGUUGGGCUCUUCUUUGGCAGCGCCAUCGUCAUGUACAUGGCCCCCAAGUCCCAGCACCCCGAGGAGCAGCAGAAGAUCCUGUCCCUGUUUUACAGUUUUUUCAACCCCAUGCUGAACCCCUUGAUCUACAGCCUGAGGAACGCUGAGGUCAAGGGUGCUCUCAGGAGGGCCCUGUGCAAAGAAAGUCAUUCGCAGUUGGUGUGA